AUAUUACAAAUAUCCCAUAUAUAAACUCGUCGUUCUCUUCUUCAGACAAAGCAAAGAAAACCAAUUACUCUUAUUAUCUUUGUAGCCAAGUCAAUCUUCCUCUUUCUUUUCUCUAUUCACUCAAAAUGUUCAGAAGUGCCGCAGACAACAGUGACAACACUCGGUUCUAUGACGUUCUUGGAGUUUCAAAGAACGCUUCGCCUGAUGAUUUGAAGAAGGCUUACAAAAAAGCGGCCAUGAAGAACCAUCCAGACAAGGGUGGUGAUCCAGAGAAGUUUAAGGAGGUGAGUCAAGCAUAUGAGAUUUUGAUUGACCCUGAGAAGCGUGCUGUAUAUGACAAGUACGGUGAGGAUGGGCUCAAGAACGGAAUGGAUAAUAAUGAUUUCAUGAGCGGUGACCCUUUUGAUCUCUUCAAUAGUUUCUUUAAUCCUAAUGGAUUCAAAAGAAAUGGAAAGAGACGGGGUGAAGAUAUUGUUAAGUCUCUGAAAGUGUCGUUGGAGGAUCUUUACCUGGGUACGUCCAAGAAAAUCUCUAUUUCACGAAGUAUAAUAUGCUCCGAGUGUAAUGGGAAGGGUUCCAAAUCGGGAAAGUCAAUGAAGUGUGGUGGGUGCGAAGGGAGAGGCGUGAAGUUCACGACAAGGCAUUUAGGACACAACAUGAUACAACAGAUGCAGAACCUAUGUGAUGAGUGUAAAGGAAGUGGUGAAACCAUUGGUGACAAGGACCGUUGCUCGACUUGCAAAGGAGAUAAGGUUGUUCAGGACAAGAAGGUUCGAGAAGUCAUUGUUGAGAUAGGCAUGGAGGAGGGACAAAGGAUUAUAUUCUCUGGUGAAUCUGAUGAAGCGCCUGACACUGAACCAGGAGAUGUCGUUUUCGUCAUAGAACAAAGGGAACACCCUAAGUUUAUGAGAAAGGGCGAUGACCUUUUCUAUGAACAUACUUUGACCCUCACCGAGGCUCUGUGUGGCUUCCAGUUUGUAUUGACCCAUUUGGAUGGCCGCCAUUUGCUCAUCAAAUCCGACCCUGGUCAAGUUGUCAAGCAUGAUUCGUACAAGGCAAUCAAUGACGAGGGAAUGCCAAUAUAUCAGAAGCCAUUCAUGAAGGGAAAGCUGUACGUUCAUUUCAGUGUGGAGUUUCCAAAUUCUGUGAGCCCUGACCAGGUUAAGGCGCUGGAGACUAUUCUGCCUCCGAAGCCAUUGUCUCAAGUGUCCGAAAUGGAGCUUGACGAGUGUGAGGAGACCACUCUGCAUGAUGUGAACAAUAUCGAGGAGGAGAUGCGGCGGAGGCAGAAGUUUCAGUCUGAGGCCUACGACGAAGAUGAAGGGGAACCCGGCGGCCAGAGAUUGCAGUGUGCCCAGCAAUAAUGAGAAUUGUUUGGGAGUGUGGAAAGUUAAAAUGUAAAAGAAAAGAAAAAGAAGUUGCUCCUAAUACAUAUGUUUUUGUUUGGGAAAAUGAUAUACGUCUAUUAAAUGACAAAGAAAUUAAUGUUACUUGUAUAAAUGUAUUUUGUUAAAAAAAAAGUAAAGGAAAAAAUUACUUCAGUCUAUACCUUUUGGCUU